CUGAAACCCCCCCUUCAACCAUGCCCCAGCCAGAGCUGCCCUCCACAACUCCGGGGAGCAUCCUGGGAAAGCCUGGAGGAUGUACACCUCAAGCUGUCGUGCUCCAGCCCAGCUGCAGGACACAGGGACACAGGGAACACACGGGAAAAGCACAGCUGUGUGUCCGUGUGGAGCUGCAUGGACUUGGUUUCAACCCAAGCCUCUUCAACCUCCCUCAAGAACUAUUCUCUGUCCUAGUAGCCACAAAAGUACUGCUCUUAUCAGCAGGAUUCCUAUGAGUUCACGCCUCUUACCCAUGAUUCUAAUAUGACCAGUUGAUACACCUGCUAUGGAAAAACUUCCUGCCACUCACACUAGCCCUUUGCCUCUGACAUACCAGCAUGUCAAUUUGCUACACGGGCCUACUCCUUACCUAAGGCCCUACUGGAAAUGUGCCUGAACACUAAGGGUCACUAUGAUAAAGUGAACAUGGAGCUAUACCAGCCCUCUGAUCUCCUAAUACUUAGAAAAGCAGGAAUUGAACCUACACUAGAGGAAUCAAAACCCUCCAUACUUCCUUUACAUUACUUUCUAGUAGGGUCAGCUAAACAAGCUAUCGGGACCAUACCCCGAAAAUGAUGGUUCAACUCGCUCCCCUGCUAAUGAACCCCCAGGCAAAUCUCAUCUUCAUCACUAGUUUACUCCUAGGAACCGCAGCGUGCAUCCCACCCCAAACCCAGCCCCACGGAAGGUCCCUUCUACCGGGGGCAGAGGUGAGGACAGGCUUGAAGGCCUGAGCAUCACCCAGUCUGGGCUGGAAGCUCCGGAUGGGAGCUCCCCAAAAAACCCCAAAAAGGCCCCAAAAGCGCGACGGCCCCGCCCUCGGGGACGGUGAAACCCCGCCCCCGUAUGCAGAUUAGCCGCUCCGUGCAGCCAAUGGGGAAGCAGGGGGGCGUGGCCACGGCUGGACUUGCUCGGGCAUGUGCGCGGAGCGGCUUCCGGGCCGGACACGUGUGAGCGGCGCCGGGAGCGGUCAGCACCGGGACACCGGGGGAAUGCCACCAGGCAAAGGGCAGAUGACCCCGCUGCUGCCCGCCCCGAAGGUCGCCGUGCCCACCCUGCAGGGCACCCAUGGGGGCUGUGCUCAGGCCCCGAGGGGUCCCGGCUCGCCGCAGGCUCGCAGCAAGAAGAGGAGCCGAAGGCACCAGCGGUUCAUGGCACGCCGGGCAGUGCUGGAGCAGAGGGGGCUGCUGAGCCCCCACAGGCACCCAGGCAGUCAGAGCCCCAAGGUGGGGCUGGAGGCACACGCUGAACUCACCGAGAGCUGUGACAAGGUCCCCAAGGCCAAGCAGAGCAUGUCCUCAUCCCUGUCUCCAUCUGCCUCUCCAGACAGCAUAGCCAGGCACCACUCGGUGCUGCUGUCCCAGGGGAACAGCAGCUCCGGGAGGGUGAGGACGUCCUCCCUGGUGCUGCGCCCGGGCAAGUACGUGGCCAUCGACUGUGAGAUGGUGGGCACGGGCCCCCAGGGCAAGCUGAGCGAGCUGGCACGGUGCUCUGUGGUGAACUAUGAGGGGGAUGUCAUCUAUGACAAGUACGUCCGGCCCGAGCUCCCCAUCGUGGACUACCGGACACGCUGGAGUGGCAUCACCAAGCAGCACAUGAAGAAUGCAAUUCCCUUCAAGGCUGCCCAGGCUGAGAUCCUGAAGAUCUUGAAAGACAAGAUUGUGGUAGGACACGCCAUCCACAAUGACUUCCAAGCCCUGAAGUACUUCCACCCAAAAGACAGGACUCGAGACACCAGCCAGAGCCCUGCGCUGAAGAAAAGGGCAGGGCUGCCCAUCAGAGCCAAUGUCUCCCUCAAGAACUUGGCCAGGCACCUGCUCCAUAAAAAGAUCCAGGAGGGCCGCAAAGGACACUCAUCGGUGGAGGAUGCCCAGACAGCCAUGGAGCUGUACAGACUGGUGGAGGUGCAGUGGGAGAAGGAGCUGGCCCACAGCCUGCCCCCCCGGCCCCCCAGCCCCGUCACAGACCCUGCUGCAGACAGCAGCCACUACCUGGAUGACCAGUACUGGCCCACAGAGCUGAUGGCAAGCAGCCUGUGAUGGGGACAGUGUCACCUCUGUGUGGUUUGGGCCAUCCUGGUGCCUUCAGCUGUUAAAGGUGGAGGUAUCUGCUGACCUCCUCCCCUGGGCUUGUGCCCAGCACUGCUCUGCUCAGGGAUGGAGACAUGGUGACACCUGGACACAAGCAACCUCCCAAAAAUGCUGUCUGCAGCCUUGAGCUGUCACACAGACUGUGCUGUGUUCAUCUGUCACUUGGGGAUGAGCAGGGUCCUGUGUCAGCCUGGAGGAGCCUCUGUGGUGUGUAAUGGGGGCUGCUAACACCCUCCAUGCCUGCUAUGGGGUUGUCCUCCCAGAAGCAAGGGGCAAGCUUUCCUGUGCAGGGACUGAGGUGUUUUGCUGAUGUCCAAAGGCUGAGAACCCUCUGGGCCAUUAAACAGCCAGUUUGCUGCUCACUUUCUUUCAUAGAAUCAUAGAAUAUGCUGAGUUGGAAGGGAUCCAUCAGGAUCACUGAGUCCAACUCCUGGCCCUGCACAGGACACCCAAAGAAUCCCAUCAUGUGCCUGAGAGCUUUAUCCAAACACUCCUUGAACUUAGACGUGCUUGGUGCUGUGAGCACUUCCCUGGGGAGCCUGUUCAGUGCUCAGCUCCAGCUGUGUGCUGAAUGUUUUCUCCAGAAGGAUACUGUGAUAUGGUAUCAAAAGCUUUGCUGAAGUCCAGAAAGAUUUCAUCACCUGGUGCCCCUUGAUCAGCUAGGUGGGAGCCCUGCUGUAGAAGGAAAUCAGGUUCAGUGAGCAGGACUUUGCCCUGGUGAAGCCAUGCUGGAUGUGAACAAUGAUUGCAUUGUGCUCCAGGUGAUUUUCAAAUCCUCCUAGAAAAAUACUUCCCAUCCUUUUACCUGUCAGUGAAGUGAGACUGACAGACUGUAUCUUCCAGUGUCCUUGCCCUUCAAAACUGGGGCAACAUUUGGCACCUUUCAGUCAGCUGGGACCUCUCUGGAUUCCUAAGACUGCUCAAAAAUAGUAGAGCAGCUCUGUAAUGACAUUAGCAGCUCUUGGAUGAAUCCCAUCAGGCCCCAUUGAUUUAGAGGGAUCCACCUGCACAAUGAAGUUCAAGAGGAAAGUCUGGGUCUAAUCAAUGUCCAGCCUGGACGAGAGCACAAAAUGCACUUAAUUUUAAAUAAAUUAUUCACAUGAUUGUCCAAUUCUGAAUUAAAAACUGUUCUGGCUAAA